CUUGUCAGUGUCAGUUGUGUUCUCCAUGCGUUUCCGGCUGCUUCCUCAGGCCUGCCUGCUGUUACUAACAUGUUUCAUGGCAUGGGGGGUUGGCUCAUCGGGCUCUACCACGUCUGCUGACGAGCGCGCAGCUGAUUUCUUCGGUAGACAUGAUUCGGAUUCAGGACAUACCAACAAUUGGGCAGUCCUUGUAUGCGCAUCUCGGUACUGGUUCAACUACAGGCAUAUGGCAAAUGCCCUUGGAAUGUAUCGUACCGUCAAGCGUCUUGGGAUUCCAGACUCCAACAUCAUCCUCAUGUUGGCGGAUGACGUAGCGUGCAAUGCGAGGAACAAAUUUGCUGGCAGUGUCUAUGCAGAAGCUGGCAGGCACUUAGACCUGUACGGCGAGAACAUCGAGGUAGAUUAUCGUGGAUAUGAAGUAACUGUGGAGAACUUCAUACGCCUAUUGACAGGUCGGGUGGAUCCCUCUAUGCCACGGUCAAAAAGACUUCUGACAGACGACCACUCGAACAUCUUCGUCUACAUGACUGGGCAUGGAGGAAACGAGUUCCUCAAAUUCCAAGACCAAGAGGAAAUAAGUGCAUUCGAUAUUGCUGACGCAUUCGAGCAAAUGUGGCAGAAGAAAAGAUACAACGAAAUUUUAUUCAUGAUUGAUACCUGUCAAGCAAAUACCAUGUACUCUCAAUUUUAUUCCCCUAACAUUCUCGCGACUGGGUCCUCUCAGAUUGAAGAGAAUUCCUACUCCUAUGAAAAUGACAACGACAUUGGCGUCUCUGUCAUCGACAGCUAUACACACUACGUUCUCAAAUUCAUGGAAGGAAUAAAUAAGACGAGUCAGACAUCUAUGCAAGAUUUGUUCGAUUCAUAUGACCCGGCAAAGAUUUACUCUCAUCCAGGCAUCCGGUCUGAUCUUUUCCGCCGUCCCUUGGACAAGACGCUUAUUACCGAUUUCUUCGGAGGCGUCGCACAAGCUGAAGUCUUCCCAUUGCAGGACAUCGUGGGCUCAAGUGACCAUCACUAUCAUGAGAAUGAUUCUACGCCCCUUACCACCCGGAAGCCAGACGCACCGUCUGUACCAGUGGUCUUGUCGACGACUGUCGUUUCCCUCCCGAGGUUGACAGGCGAGACGUAUGAAUGGGAUAAUUGGUGGAAAGAAGUCAGAAAAUGGACCUCAAUCUUUGUCGUAGGAUGUCUUGUAUCCUGGGUUUCUUUUGUGCGAUAAUACUAUAUCGAUUUCCCCAAUC